AUGUUUAGGGAUUUUUAAACACAAUUAAAAUCUCAAAAAUCAUUAUAAUUUUUCGAUAAUUAUUAAAAAUAUAUCUAAUAUCUAAAAAACUAUUCUCAAAUAUAUAUUCCAUGUGAUAAAUGUGAAAUUCCACAUUUAUAUAUAUUCGUACUACCCUCAAACGAAGUUUAAAAAAACGAAUCAUUAAACUUAAAAGCAUCUUCAGUAUUAUCUCAUACAUUAAAUUAAUAAAAUCCUUCUAAUAAAUAACAUGAUAAAUCCCUUUAUUAAAAAUGGACAACUGAUGAUAAAGAAUAAUUAAAAAAAUGCAUUAUAAACUAUGGAUAUUGUCGUUGGAAAUAAAUCUAAAAAUCUUCCUCUGCAAUUGGCGGUAAACUUGCUGAAAGACCAAAAUCUGAAAUUCGAGCAUUUUCGAAUGCUUUUGUUCGUGCUUUGGCUGAAUAAUUAACUGCUUAAAAUGCUGAUUUAAAGCAAUUUUUAUAUAAUAUGAUAGAUGAAUAUCCCGAUGACCCAUACAUUACCCCUUAAGCUAAAGACUGGGAUUCACAAACUUUAAACUAGAGAGCUAUUCCUUUUACAAAAAGACUACAAUUACUAUACAGGAUAAGAAUUUUAAUAAAAAAAUAUAAAGAUGAUUAAUUAAAGAAUAUACCAGAUCGGGACAAAGAAAAAAUAAACUGGGAAGGUCUUUUAAAUUUUUUACCUAAUUCGCUUUUAUAUGGACAAAGACCUUCUGUUUGGUGGACAAAAAAACACGACACUGAUUUACUCAGGGGAGUUUAUAAAUACGGCCUUUUAUAACCAAAUGAUUUAUCAAAUAUUGAUAAUCCAAAUUAUUAACCAAAAAUACAUGAUUUAAAUUUAAUGUUUCUAGUUUCUAAUAAUGGUUUUAAAGCUUUAAAUGAUUUAAAAUCUUAUCCAAAUUAUGAAUUAUAUAAUUUUGAUUUGACUGAAAAGUAGCUUUUUUCUAGAUUAGAAUGGUUAUGUGAUUAAUUUAAGGAAUUAAAGGACAAAAUGUGUAAUAAAAAGCGAAAAUCAGACAAAAAGAUCUCCGAAGAUUCUCGCAAAAAGCCCAAAUUCGAAAUAAAUAGAGAUGAAUUCGGCAAGAUUAUUUUCCCAAUCCAAAUUAAUUCGAGUUUACAAUUAUUAGCCACAGGUGAAAUAAAUAUUCUCCCCGCUUAUCAUUCUGAACAUAAUCUAUUCCCUGUAGGAUUCAAAAGUAUCAGAACCCACCCUUCUAUAUAUAAAAAAGGUGUCAGAUGUGAAUAUACUAAUGAAAUUUUAGAAGGUCCCGAAGGUAAACCAAUAUAUAGAGUUACUUCAGAAGAAGAUCCUGAUAAUCCAAUUGUUAGGGAAAGCUCGACUGGAUGUUGGGUGUAUAUUUGUUAAAGAGUUAAUGAAUUAUAGGAUAUUAAAAAGGAGAAAGUCACUAUAUCAGGGACUGAGAGAUUUGGUUUAUUGGAAACUAAUGUUGUAAGACUUUUAGAAGAUCUAUCUAAUGCAGAAAAAUCCUUACCCAUGUCUACGAUUCCAGCAAGAAAUUACUUAAAUGGAAUCGGUUCUCCUUUUAUUUUAAAUGGAAAAACUAAAUUAGCAUCGACAUGGUUUUUACACGAAUAAGGCCCUGGUAUAACUACUUUUAUCACAGUAUUUAGUAAUUUAAAUACUAUUAUAAGUUAUGUUUUUGCAGGAAAUAUAUUUGGAGGUUGGCAACAUCUCAGUUUAAAAUCUAUAAAAUCUUAUUUUAAUUGA